CGCCCGCCGUGUCCAUGGAGAGAGGUUGAGGUGGCCGAGCUCCGGCCCAAGGCAUCGGGGCGCCGGAACGGCGAGAAUGUCGGCUUCGUUAGUCCGGGCCACUGUCCGGGCUGUGAGCAAGAGGAAGCUGCAGCCCACCCGGGCCGCCCUCACCCUGCAAAAAAUGAAAAUUGCCUGGGGAAUGACUAAGGAAAUGCAGUAUUGAGGAUGGAAAGUUUCUGCUACAAGGAAUAGAAAUGCUAUGGUAUUGGAUAAAGUAAAAACACCUUCAGCAGUAAACAAGAUAAAACAGCUUCUUAAAGAUAAGCCUGAACACGUUGGUGUGAAAGUUGGUGUCCGAACCAGGGGUUGUAAUGGCCUUUCCUACACUCUGGAAUAUACAAAGACAAAAGGAGACUCUGAUGAAGAAGUUGUUCAAGAUGGAGUCAGAGUGUUCAUCGAGAAGAAAGCACAGCUAACACUUUUAGGAACAGAAAUGGACUAUGUUGAAGACAAAUUAUCCAGUGAGUUUGUGUUCAAUAACCCAAACAUCAAAGGAACGUGUGGCUGUGGAGAAAGCUUUAAUAUUUGACUCCUCAAGACUGCUCGGGCUGUAGGCCCCAGGAGAGCUGUGGAAGCUUUAGGGCUUAUUGAAGAAGUCAUAGGACUGUCGCAUGCUUAAGGUUUGUAAUGUAUGGCUGCCUUACAAGGAAAAUAAAAUGAUGCAUUUGAAAAUGAAG